AUGGGAAACCUCAAGUCCAGGUUAAAACGAUCCAAAAGUAAAUCCAGGAAAAGUGGCCAGGUUAAUUUACCUGAAUCAAGUUCUUCUCGGAAAACGGUGGACCCUCGGCUACCCUUCAGUAAUUAUAGACAGAUAUUUAGCAUCAAAAAUGCAUGGAAAAAUGUGAUGAGGACAAUGGAGGACACAUCAAAAGACCAUCUAAUAAGAUUCUUCGAACGUUUCCCCGCCUACAAGGAAAGUUUCCCGGAAAUUAAGGAUUUGCCGACGGAAGACGCCAUGCGAGAAAGUCUCGAGUUUGAGACAAGGGCAGUCGACAUAUUCCAAAUGUUUGAUGACGUCAUCGUGAACUUAGAAAGUGUUGGUAUAGGAUUGGAAGAAAUACAUCGGGUGGCCGCAUCAGGUUCCAUAACAGUAUUAAUGGUCAAGGAUAUGAAAGCAACCUUUAUGGAGACAUUGCGGCACAAUCUUGGGGACAGACUGACGGAUACAACUUCGGAAAACUUCAAUCUGCUAUAUGACUUUAUUGUGUCAGAAAUGGAAAAGGCGUGCUGAUACGGACUUAAAUAACAGCGCAACUGUCAUCAUUUCUUCUUUGCCCAAGGCAUCAAAAGCAUAAUUGAAAUCUGAUAAAAAAUCUCCAUGCUGCUUAUUCCGUUCCGAUCCCCCGAACAUCGUCUUCCUGAUAUUGCUACUAAUACGUAAUAACCAGGAUGAUCUGUUUACAAAAUGAUCCCUCUAGUAUUGUCCUCCUGGUUGUGGUUCUAUACAAAAUUAUACCUCUAGUACUGUUUCCCUGCUCGUGGUUCUACACAAAAUGAUCCCUCUAGUACUAUCUCCCUGAUGGUGGUUCUACACAAAAUGAUCCCUCUAGUACUGUCUCCCUGAUGGUGGUUCUACACAAAAUGAUCCCUCUAGUACUGUCUCCCUGA